UUCACACGAAGCAGCUCAGAAGUGCAGAAAGAAGCUGUUUCUGUUGAUAAAAGAUUAUAUUUUAGUUGAAUUAAUAAAACACACACGACAGUCAUGUCUGUGAAUUACGCUGCUGGGCUAUCACCAUACACUGACAAAGGUGUUUGUGGACUUCCUGAGAAGUUUGAUGGUCCUGAGGAGCUGAAAGCAAAAGUGGAGACGCUCGCUGAGUUGGUUAAAACAUCUCAGUGUUUGGUUGUCCACACUGGAGCUGGAAUAAGCACUUCAUGUGGAAUCCCUGACUUCAGGGGUCCUAAGGGUGUGUGGACAUUAGAAGAAAGGGGUGAGUCACCUCACUUUGAUACCACCUUUGAAGAUGCUCGUCCCAGUUUAACUCACAUGGCCCUUCUGGGACUGCAGAGAGCUGGGUACCUCAAGUAUCUCGUCAGCCAGAAUGUGGAUGGGCUGCACGUUCGAUCAGGCUUUCCCAGGGAUAAUUUGUCAGAACUUCAUGGUAACAUGUUUGUGGAGGAAUGUGAGAAAUGUGGAAGACAGUUUGUCAGAGAGAAGGUGAUCGGUGUAAUGGGGCUGAAGCCGACGGGCCGUUACUGCGAUGUGGUGCGAUCCAGAGGACUGAGAGCCUGCAGAGGGAAACUGAUCAGCACAAUACUGGACUGGGAGGAUGCUCUUCCUGACAGAGACCUGAACAGAGCAGAAGAUGCAAGCAGACGAGCAGACCUGGCACUGACCCUGGGCACGUCCCUGCAGAUCAAACCCAGCGGCGACCUUCCACUCCUCACAAAGCGCAAAGGAGGGAAGGUGGUGGUGGUCAACCUGCAGCCGACAAAACACGACAAGCACGCCCACCUGCGAAUCAAUGGUUACGUGGACGAGCUCAUGAAACAGCUGAUGGAGCUGUUGGGUGUAGACAUCCCAAAAUGGGAGGGACCAGUUGUGUGUGAGAGCGCCACAUCAUCUGAAUCUGCCAACAACAUCAAUCCUCGCAGCAUUUCCACAGAAGAAAAGGUGAAAAAGGAGGAAAUUAAGGAGGAGAGAAAAAGAGAAGCAGGAUGGAUAACAGAAGACGAGCGCACCAAAGAGGACACUGUUUCAGUAAAAAGGGAGAGGGCAGACUUCACAGCAGAGGCAAAUAAAGAUGAAUAACCUCACGCCCUUUGUUUCAUGAGGUCCACAACAUAAUUGCACCCAUAAAUAAAACAUGCAGAGGAAGGUGGUCAGCUGGAUCAGUUUCCAUGAAGAUCAGAAGAUGUCUCUAAUCUUACACCAUCUGAAUCAAAGACUUCUUUUAUACUUGGCUGGUUUUAAUGAUCUGAGAACUCUGAAAACUUCCCUCGUCGCCAUGGCGAGCAGCGACGUGAGAUGGACUCGCUAUAGCCUCACACAUCGGAUGCUUCGAUGGUAAUGUUCAUUUACCAAAUAGGAACAUUGAUAAAAGCACGAGCUGUGAUGUAACUGUCCACCUCCCAGGGCCAGAGAGAAUUUUGUGCAUUAAUCCACUCAGCUGUACUUUUUUAUUUUAAGUUUUUCUCCACUGGAUGAGCAAGAGGACAACAAAGACCUGGGGCAAGUUUUAAAUCAGGUGUGUAAAAGUUUACUGCACCUUAUUAAUAUUUAUAGCCAUGUGCUCCAGAUCUUGUCCCUGCAGAUCUGUUCUUUCUUUUGAUACUUUAUGAAAAGGAAUAUGAGUAUAAGUGAGCUUCUGUCUCUCUGACCGACUAACCUGCGUACAGCAGCGUGCUGCUGCUGGUGGGGGAUUUAGGUUAUAGUUGAGUUUUGGACCAUAAAUGAAUGUCAAUCACACGUGAUCUUUAGUAGGAACAGGAUUUUAUGUAAACCACUGUACUCUCACAGAAAUGUCAGUUCAUCUUCUUUUUGGUUAUUGAUAUUUUUUUACAUUACAUUUUUGUUGCUGUACAAUAAACACACUAAGUUCAUAAAACCUGAA